AUGGCCACGCCUAUCCGGGAGAUAGAAGCUGGCAUCGAUGCUGUGAAAGAACAGACAUACGCGGCCGGCCUCCUGGGUCAGGGUUUGCUGGAGCAUCAGCGCAUGCUUGAGGCUCUAUUGGAGGAACUUAAUGAUCCUUCGCAGGGUGAUCAGUCGACAGAGAUUGCUGAGCGUGUGCAAGCAGAGCUGCAAGAUCUCCAGGAGCAGCGCGAUCGAAUGUUUCAUGAAAUAAGCUCCACGCUCACAUUUGCCGCGCCCCGCCCAAGUAUCACGCGUCAGUUGCAGUUUGGAUUCUCGCCCAGCCCCUCAUUUAAAUCGCGUGAAGAACUCGACAAAUUACGACAGGGUAAGGCCGAUGCGGAAAAGCAUUUUGAGGCUAUGAAGGCACGCGUGCUGGAACUUGAGCGUAAACACGAAGUCUUCAAGCAGGAGAACUGGGACUUGUACGUAAUGCAGCAGCAGCUGGAAGAGAAACUGGCGUCGCGCUCCACCGCACAAAGUAGGGCCGAACUCGAUCGGCAGCGUCUCGGCAAGGAGCUGGAAAAGCUGCGAGAGUCAUUGGAGCAUCAACGAGCACAGUUUGAAGAGAAUGAAGAAGCAUUACGCAAGCUCCGAAAACAGCGCGAGACGGAGGAUGCGUCGAGUCGUCGGGAGCGCGCUGGCUUUCGGCGGAACAUUUCUGACCUUCAUGGCCAGAUUAAACGACUUCAGUCCGACCAACCUGCCCAGGUGCCGGCUCUUCCCGCCCAAAUUGAUGAAGAAGUGCCCGAAACGACAACGUCCAAUGAGCAUGCGUCGAAUGAACGCUCACUACGUAAACGGCUCUCGCUUCAAGACGGCGACUCUAGUCACGAUACGUCAGGUGUGAUAAGAGACGCGUUGCCAUUCAACGCGGAAGCCGAUGAGCUUCGAUCGAAACUCAGUAUGGCUAUCAAGCGACUAGGUCGUGACAAUCAACAGCAACGGAAACUUCGUGAGCAAAUUUCCGAGUUACGCAAACUGCUCACUAGGGCAGGAGUCUCACCGCCAGCUGAAGAGGCCAGUGAAGAUGGUGACGACGAUGAUGACGAAGACGAUGCAUGGAUAAUGGAGGCGGCUGAGAAGCCUGAGUCACCAAAGCCACGACGCCGCCUGCGUCGGCAUGCGCAACCUCGCAUUAUCUCGCGAGGCCCGUCGUCGAAUGCCGCUGUUAUGCCAACAAGCGAGUGGCUCGAUGCGUCCUUCGGCGACGAUAGUGUCAUUAUUCGAGAGCCCAACUUGGACUCGACUACGGCUAAUCUGUUGAGUGACAUGCCGAAUGCGUCGGCAGAGAACUUGAAACCGUUCGUUGGCGCAACCGCUGGUGACUUGGGAAGCGAGCUCGAUGCCGAAGGAUACAGCACGAAACCAGACAUGCUGGACGUGAACACUAUGACGGAUGUGCAUCCAGCGGAGUCUGAACUACAGGAAGCUCGUGCAUCAUUCGAAUCGGAUGUGCAAGAGCUGAAGCAAGCCCACCAAGCUGAUAUGGACGGCUUGCGCGCCAAGCAUGAGGACGAAUUGACGUCGUUAUCAGCUGCGCACGAAAAGGUUCUGCAGAACAAGGCUGCAGAGCUUGCUUCUGCUCUCGAUGCGCUCCGCAAGGAUCAUGCCUCAGAGCUUCAACAUACCCGGAAUCAGCACCAGGAUGAGAUGAAGGCAUACGGUGCUUCUCAGUCAGAGGCUGUAGCUUCAAUCAGGUCUGAGCAUGCUAAGGUGAUAAAACAGCUGGAGAAGAAACACUUCGACGCCCUUGCGUCGCAAAAGAAGGAACACGCCAAGACUCUAGCUGACCUGACAAAGAAGCACGAGGCCGAAGCGAAGUCCAGCACGUCAAAACAUACGCAGGCAUUGACGAGCCUCAAGCAGCAGCAAGAAAAAGAGAUCGCAACACAGAGAUCAGAGCUGGAUGCAGUGAUCAAAAAGCUCGAGAAAGAACAUGAGACCGCCUUAGCCUCUUGCAAGCAAACACACGAAAAGGCCACAGACGACGCCAAAGCGAAGCAUGACGAAGGCUUGCGAGCACUGAAGGAAUCACAUGCGAAUGAAUUGACACGGCUAAAAGAUCAGUUAUCCAAGGCCCACGCCAAAGAAUUGUCGGAGCAAGAAGCCAAGCUCAGAGGGGCGCUGAGUGAUGCAGAGAAGCGCCACGAUGAUGCUUUGGCGCAGCUUCAAAAGGAGCACGCGACAGUUUUGUCGUCUCGUGGCACAGAGCACAACGAAAUGAUCGCCAAGCUAAAAAACGAACAUGCAUCCGCUCUAAGCACUAGGGACAGUGAGCAUGAAAAAGCCAUUGCGACAUUGAAACAGACUCACUCGGACGCGUUGUCAUCACGAGGCAGAGAUUAUGAGGAUGCGGUAACGAAACUGAAGGAAGAGCACGCCGCGGCUCUUGCAUCACACGAAAAGACCCACGAGGAGAACCUCGCCGACCUAAAGGCAGAACAUACAUCAUUCGUCAACUCGCGAAAGAAGGAAUAUGACGAGGCCAUGGCUAAGCUGAAAGAAGAGCACGCGUCGUUGUUGGCGACGACCGGCUCAGAUCACGCGCAGUCACUCACGACGCUAAAAGAAGCGCAUGCGUCCGAACUCUCCUCGCGCAGCAAGGAGCAUGAAGAAGCAGUCACUAAACUGCGAGAGCAGCAUGCGUCCGAGUUGGCGUCGCGGCGUCAGGCGCAUGACGCGUCUAUUGCGAAGCUGAAGGACGAGCGUGAUCAGGAGUUGUCCACACUGAAGAAGCAGCAUGCGUCUGAGCUCGCCGCUCGCGCCAAGGAGCAUGACGACGCUGUUACCAAGCUCAAGACACAGCAAGAAGACACGCUCGUACUUCGCAACAGGAGCCAUGAGGAAGCUAUUGCUAGGCUAAAGGAUGAGCAUGACAGGGCCAUCUCCAAGCUGAAGGAAGAGCACGCGUCGGCAUUGACGGCUUGGAGAAAAGAACAUGACAUGGCGCUCACCGAACUGAAGGAAGAGCAUGCAUCGGCUUUGACGGCUCGGAGCCAAGAUCACGACAAGGCCAUCUCCAAGCUAAAAGAAGAACAUGCGUCAGCGCUGGCCUCCCUCGGCAAGGAGCACGACAAGGCGCUUGCCAAGCUGAGAAAGGAGCAUGGCUCCGCGCUCGCAUCUCGGAACAAAGAACACAGCAGUGCGCUUGACCAGCUCAAGGAAGGGCACGCCUCGAACCUGCGCGCUGAAGUGCAGAAGCAUGAGCAGGUCGUCUCGAAGCUGAAGGAUGAGCAUGCAACGGCGUUGGCCAAUCGAGACAGAGAUCAAGCAGAAGCGAUUUCUGGGCUGGAAGCGAAACACAGGGAAGAGACACGAAGCCUGGGCGACCAGCAUGCAAAGGAGCAAGCAAACAUGAACAAGAAGCUCAAGGAGAUGCAAGAGCAAAGUUCGAGGAACAGUCAGCAGCUGACGGCAAUGCGCGAGGAACAUGCAGCGGAGCUGGAGGCCAAAGCCAAUGAGCACAAAGACGCCAUCGCAUCGUUGGAGGGCAUGCAUGUGGACGCGCGCAAGGAGCUUGAAAAGACACAUGCCGCUGAGCUUGAACAGACGGAAGCGAAGCUGUCGAAGGCGCUGGAGGCCAAGGAGAAGGAGCACGCGAAUGCCUUGGCGACACUGUCUGAAAAGCAUGCGGCAGAGUUGGACGCACAGCGCAGAGCAUUUGCUGAAGACCGGGCCACUUGGGAUCAGAAGCAAGCCUCGUCAGAAGAUGCGCACGUGUCGGCGAUAACCAAGCUGAAGGAAGAGCUUGCUGCCAAGAUUGCGCAUCACGCGAAGGACGUGGAAGCGCUGCAGCAGCUGAACGAACAACAUGCUCGCCAAAUCGAGGACCUGAUCGCGAAGCACAAAGUCGAGUUGGCUACGAGAGACAAGACGCAUGAGGACGCGAAGAAGGCUUUGCAAACUGCGCUGGACGAAAGCAAGGCAGCAGACCUACAUGCCAUGGAGGAGAAGCAUGCUACAGAGAUGCAGGCGAUGAAGGACGAGCACAACCGAGCACUCGAAGAACACAAGCUCGCUCUUGAUGCACAGCAUGCUCGCGAGAUGGCGUCUUUGAAGCAGCGCCACGAGCAAGAGCUUGCUACGCAGAUUGCCAGCCGGGAAAAGGCACUUUCCUCAGAUAAGCAAGCCGUUCUCGACGAGGCGCGAAAGGCCGUCGAUGCGCUCAAAAAGGCGCACGCAGAAGAGCUGGCACAGUGCGAUGCCAGGCUGCGAAGUGAACUUGCGUCGCUUGAAGAGCGUCUCCGGUCCCAGCACACACAGGCCAUGGCGUCCUUGCGCGAUACGCACGAGAAAGCGCUCGUGGAACUGAAGCGGCAUGCUGCAGACGAACUGGCAGCAGCGACGGACGCGCUUGAAAAGCAGCGCGUCAGUGAACUGGAAGAACAGCGGCGUGUGGCGGCCCGAAGCACACGAGAACGAGCUCGAUGCCCUGCAGACAGAGCACGCACAGGAGCGCCAGUCUCUUGCUGA